GCAGGCACCGGGCCACAAGGCAGGGUGGCAGGCACCGGGCCCCCAGGCGGAGCGGAGGGCACCGAGCCCCCAGGCGGAGAGGCGGGCACCGGGCCCCCAGGCAGAGCGGCAGGCAUUGGGCCCCCAGACGGAGCGGCGAGCACCGAGUCAUCUGGCAAGACCGCGGGCACCGAGUCAUCUGGCAAGACCGCGGGCACAGAGUCAUCUGGCAAGACCGCGGGCACCGAGUCAUCUGGCAAGACCGCGGGCCCCGAGUCAACCGGCACGACAGCGAGCUUUGAGUCAACCGGCACGACAGCGGGCUCCGAAUCAACUGGCACGACAGCGGGCACCGGGUCAUCAGGCACGACAGCGGGCUCUGAGUCAAGUGGCACGACAGCAGGCACCGGGUCAUCAGGUACCAGAUCGUCUGGCUUGACAGUGGGCACCGGGUCAUCUGGCUCGACAGCGGGCAUCGGGUCACCAGGC